UCUUAUUGAAUGGCGGAUGUCCAAAAAAUGUUUACAUUGACGACCUUGAAAGAAAGUGCUGUGAUAUUUAUUUGACUAAUCGUUGGAUGUGUUGCAUUCAGACCAACGCUUUGUAUAAACUUUAUUUUAACCAAUGGCAAGUGGAGGCUCUAACAACCGACCCUAUAGUUUAUCAAAAGAUGAGGCUCUAGCUCGCAUGUUACAAGAGGAAGAAUAUAAUGCAGCAAACCAUGAAGAUGAACAGUUAGCUCGAAGAUUACAGGGAAACAUGAUGUUUGGUUCAGAUGAAGACCCUCUCAGUGCCAGAGGAGGGAAUUCAAGACCUCCUAUGAGGGCCAUGACUCCAAUAACACAGUUAUUUUCUACUUUGGUUAAUGCCAGCUUACAACACAAUCCCAGGCAAGCUAGAAGAUCUCUUGGUUUACUUCAGUUAUCUUCAGAUGAAGAAGACCAUAAUGAUUCUGAUAAUUCAGAUUCUACUGUAGAAGAUGAACAAGGACUGAGUACAUCAAGAAGUGGUGUCUCAUCCACUAAUGUUGUUGGCAGAGGUGCACCAAGGGGAGGAUUAAGAGGUGGGAGGGGGCGUCUUGGAUUUCGGCCUUCAGAGACUUUAGUUCAUGUUUCUACAGAAAACACAGUGACACCUUCAGAUACGGCAAGAUCAAUGUUUUCUGUGGGGUCAGACAACCAAUCAUCAAGAUCAACAACAUCAGUUAGAGGGAGGCCACCAAGGGGUACAGUAAUAAGAGGAAAUAGGAGGGGAACUACAACGAGAAGAGCUUCCAAUACUGGAACAAAUAAUUCAGAAACAGGCGAGCCUCGUUCUAAUGCUGCAACUAGUCAGACAAGAACAACGGGGCGGAAUGCUCCACCUAGAAGUAUGGAACCUUCAGUUCCCCCUCUUUCUAUGGCAAUCAAUCAGCCCGAGUUACCUGAUGGUGAAGUAGAACCAGAGAUAUUAAUAUUAGACAGAGGAGGAACAGGAAGUGAUGCUAGAUUCUUACAUAUCAUGAGAGAUCCAAUGCUUCUGUUGUUAUUUUUAAUGGGUAGAACACCACACCUCCUUGUACCAGAUGACAUAGAUCCUACUGAUUAUGAGGCAUUAUGGGAACUAGCAGAGAGAAUUGGAGAAGUAAAAACACGUGGACUGAGUGAGAAGGAUCUGGAAUCCUUGUCAACAAAGAAAUUCAAAGGAAUAAAGAAAUUUAAUCAAGAAGGGCCUCAGUGCCAAGUUUGUUUAUCAGAGUAUAAGAAUGGAGAUGCCUUAGUAAAUCUUCCUUGUAAACAUGAAUAUCAUGAUAAGUGCAUCAAAGAAUGGCUAAAGAGAAAUGCUUCCUGUCCUAUCUGUCGUCAUGAAAUAAAAUCUGAGAAAUCAUGAAUAUGAAGACUUAUAAACACAGCCAAAGGGAGAUAAUUAUAAAGAACAAUUUAAAGGAAGAGUAAUUAUAAAGAACACUGUUCUGGUGAUUUCAUAUUGUCUUUAUUUUUUUCAUAUGGCAAAACGUUGACAAAUUUUUUUUUUGGCCAGAACAGUUGAUUUGAAAUGGAAUGUAUCCCAUUUUCCCAAUAUUUAUCUAUAAGGAACCAUGUGAUUAUGGAACCUCAAAAACAUUCAGCUAAAAAACAAAGUGUUUACACUAAAGUUUCAUAAGAAAACUCUGAAGGAAGUUUUAUUGAUACAUAGUCAGUGGUUGUGAUAUAUAUCCUCAUCCUCUUCUUGUAAUUGAAAAGCCAAUAUUUUAUCAAUGAGCAAUGAUGAUAAACCCCAAUAACCCAUUAGAUAAAAAAUAAACAAACUUGAAGGUGCAUUAUGUCAUUAGGUACUACUGAUUCUCUGGUUGUUUCAUCAAAUUCCAGUAUUUGGUUCAAAAGAUGUUUAGAUACGAAGUGUGAAUUGACAAAUAGUCCAAGUUCAAAUUAAUGAACAAACAAAUAAGAUGAUUAUUAUACAAUUUACCUCCACUUCAGUAUUAUGAAAUAUCUUUGACCACAUCUUAAUACCUAACAAGAAACAAGGAAUUGAAAAAUAUUUCUUUUGAUAGACAAAGUCAUUAAAACUAAUCAAGCAUUCUUCCUUAAGGGAAAUCCAUUCACAAAUAGUCCCCUUAAUAGCCAUACAAAUACCUUAUUAUUGUUAGGGAAAUCCAUUCACAAAUAGUCCCCUUAAUAGCCAUACAAAUACCUUAUUAUUGUUAGGGAAAUCCAUUCACAAAUAGUCCCCUAAAUGUCAUACAAAUACCUUAUUUUUGUUCCUAUUUAUAUGUCUCACAAGAACACACUACAUUACAGAAACUCAGAUUUAGAUCCGUAAGGGGUUUUUCAUUUGUGCCAAAUUUGUACCAACAUUUUAAUACCCAUCAUCCAUCAAAAAUCAAGUCCCUUAUACCAUAUCCAGUAUUUUCCUUUUUAGUGAAAGAAGAUAUAGAUUAGAAUAUACAAAAUGUUAUCAUGCAAUCAUGUGAAGUUUUACCUUUAAAAUCAUUAACUAUUUUUAUAUAUCACUAUAUCAAAAGGGUAGAGAUCUACACAUGUAAUUAGACAAUUGCCUAUCCAGGGGUGGCUAAAUAUUUUUGAGGUACUGUGUUGGAUUUUACAUUCAAAGUUUUAUAUGAUUCUUUUUGUUAGAAGAAACUAAAGACUUUUUACCAAUAAGAUUACGGUAACUGUGUUAAAUGUCAGUUUAAUUGUUAUAACAGUUUUCCUUCUUUUCUGUUAUUAUUUAUGAGAUGCAGUUUCAUAUAUUUUGUUGCAUUAUUUAAUCAUGGAUAUACUUGGAGAAAAUUAUCUACUUUUCUUUACUGGUCAUACAUAGUUUAUUACAUACUGUGCAUUGUUAAAUGUGGGAUACAAAAUUUUAAGGAUGUUGUGGACACAUUAGUGAAUCACAGUCACAAAUUUAAAUGUCACUAAAUAGAAAUUGACGACCGAAGUGAAAUUCAGUUUUUCAAAAGUCAUUUAAACCCCAUAUUUACCGAAACAAAAGACAGUAAUUGUUUUAUUCCAUAUUCCGAGAGAAGAAAAUGUAUUUAAUGUCAAACAUAUACCAAAACAAAUUUUACAUGAAACAUUUUAUCAUUACUUUGCAUGUAAAAAGCGUGUGACAUUUAGCGCGAUGAAUAACACUUUCUAACAUGUGAACAUAUUUUUUUUAUUCAAAAUCCAAUUCAUAUAGAGAAACCUACUAAAAUAAUACCAAUAUGGAUAAAAAUAAUUAUAUCAAAAAGCCUUAAUUUUGUAUUGCCAUUUAUCAUAUCUCAUUUAAAAGAGCUCUACAGUCAGCCUAAAAUAUGAGUAUGAUUCUUAUUGUAAAUGUUAUAUUAUAGGGUUAUUGCAUGAAUAUUGGGGAAUAUUGUCCCGAGUAGAAUUUUAUAUUGCACGAGCUUGCGAGUGCAAUAUAUGUUCUACGAGGGACAAUAUUCCCCAAUAUUCAUGCAAUAACCCUUUUAUUGUAUAGCAAUAUAAUAUUUUUGAAGGUAAAAAUUGUUUUAAAUUACAAUUUUGUCGUUAAUGACGUCAUGAAUUUUGAAGAUUUAUUGCACUAGUGCAAUAUUGUAAUUUAUUGCACGCUAACUUUUGGUUACUUUCUGUGGGAAAUAUUAUAUUGCUAUACAAUAAUAACAGUUAUUCUACUGUCAUUCUUCAUGUGGGGUACCUUUUUCAUACGCUUUUAAAUAGUCUCAAAUUCAAAACUUAUUUGAAGGUCAUGAUAGAAACAGAUUCUUUUUUUCUGAAUACAGACAUUUCUCCAAUUUUUAUGUUACAAUUUAAGAAUUUGAAUGCAAAAAUAACUAUGUUCAAUGAAGAUUUUUUCUGUAUUUCAUUUUAUUUGAUUAAGAAUUAUAUUUCUAUGUUAAGUUGUUAUGUAUUGUUGUUUACAUCUUUUUGUUUGUUUUUAAUGGGUAUUUUUAAAAAUUUUAUUCAGUAUUGUUUAUCUUUUACUACUCAAACUAUAUCAAAGUAUAUAUGUGUAUAUAACGGUGGUCUAGCCCGUCGUGCACAGUGCAGGCGGUUUGGUGCCACAUUAUCUCAGUACCAUGAGUUCAAAUCCUGACAAGUGAAGGACAAAAGCAAAUUUAUAGAUCUAACAUAUAUAUAUAUAUAUUUAAUUCGUCUAAACAUCAGCCGAACAAUGUUAGAUCUGUAAAUUUAUAUAAACAUACAUUAAUAUAUACACUUUUAUUUGUUCAUAUUUAUUUCUGGUAAAUGUUGAAAAAGCAAAUAAAAAAGAAAACUUGAAUUUAAAAUGCAACUUUUCCAUGAAUAUGAAUACAAAGGUCUUGAAAAAUACUUUGCCAGCAUAAAAUCUGUCUCCCCAGUAAGAGGAAGGCUAGUCUGCCAAGCUUGUACAUUUUUGUAUUCCUUUUAUCAGGACUUUGUAAUUUUUCCCAACUAAAGGAUGACUCAUAUCUUAAGAAUCACUUUGUAAUUUAAGUAAUUUUCCAUGUUGAGUCCUAAAGCUUUUUCUCAUCUUAUAAUGUAUAUAGUGAUUAAAAUGCAUCUUAACAGAAAUUGGAUUUAGUGACCUGGAUGCUCAUACACUAACUGUUAUUGUUUGAAGAUAAAAAAUAUUUACAAUCAUGAAGCGACUCCAUUUUUCAGAGUUAAUAAGCAUGAGGAAGAAAUUUAUUUAGAUAAGUGUAGAAAUAAUCCGAUUCAGUUACAAAUACUUUUUCCAUGCUUCCCUAAUAUGGAUCUGACAACACUCUGUUCUACUUUCUGGUAUUUAUAAAACUAGGCAAUGCCAUCGUGUGUACUUCCAAAUUUAAUUGUGUAUAAUUAAGACAAAACAAGAGGAAUUGUAAAAGUUGUUAAAACAGAGUAGAACUGACCAUUGUCAGAUCCAAAAUGUAAGCAAUGGAAUGAGACAAUAUCUGUAUUUCAGUCAGAUAUAACUGUAGAAAUCAUUUUGAUUUUUUGUGAUGAUAUUGAUCUGUGAUAAGUAUAUUGAAUUUUACAUGUAUUAUGAAUCUUUUCUGAGAAUUGGCAUAUUUAAUGACUGUUUUUUCUUUAUUUUUAUUUUUAUAUCAUUUUAUAUAAGUUUCCAGUGUCUAAAAUCAUUCCUUAUAUAUACCUAAUAUAAAGCAAAUUUUGCACUGUUUUAAAUAAAUUUUAUUAUGCAUCCAUGAUAACAUGAACUAUUACAGAUUUUACCUUUUACGUGUAAUCUGUCGGCACAAUUAUUUGUAUGACUGUUUUAUAUCUAGUAAGUUUUGCUUGUCAAAGUUAACUGGUAUCACAAAAGUAAUAAACUGUUUUGUUGUUUAA